ACUGGAACAGGGGUUAGAAUGGAGUCUGAGUGUGUGGCCCUUGCAGAAACCAUCAGUCCUGCUUUGGUCAAUCAGGAAGUGCAGUAAAAUCAUGAGUCUUCUGCCAUGGAGUGUCCAGCACCGCAGGAACUCAACCGAGGAGAACAGCUGACCUUCUGCUCAGAGCAGCCUCCCCUGUCCUGGUGUUAGAGCUGUGCAGAAGCAACACGAAGGAUACAAUGUUCAACCUGAAUGGUGCAAGAAGUCGGGGCUCUGUCCAAGAGCUGUUCCACGAGGAAGCACAGCAGGUAUCUCAAACACAGACCAAGCCCUGGUGGAAGAUCCAGCUGUUUGUGUGGGAGCCAGUGCUUUUUGGAACGUGGGAUGGUGUCUUCACCUCCUGCAUGAUCAACAUUUUCGGAGUGGUUCUUUUCCUGAGGACAGGAUGGCUCGUGGGGAACACUGGCAUUGUAAUGGGCAUGUUUCUGGUGUCCUUUGUCAUCCUGGUUGCCCUGGUGACAGUCUUAUCUGGAAUUGGGGUGUGUGAGAAGUGCAGCAUCGGAAGUGGAGGAGUCUACUCCAUGAUUUCUACUGUCCUUGGAGGUCAAAUAGGGGGAACCAUUGGCCUCCUUUAUAUUUUUGGCCAGUGUGUUGCAGGUGCCAUGUACAUCACGGGCUUUUCGGAGUCCAUCGCAGACGUGCUGAGCCUCAGCAACAUCUGGGCAGUGCGUGGCAUCUCCCUGGCUGUCCUGCUGGGCCUGCUGGGGAUCAACCUGGCUGGGGUCAAGUGGAUCAUCAGGCUGCAGCUCCUGCUGCUCUUCCUGCUGGCUGUCUCGACACUAGACUUUGUCAUCGGGUCCUUUACACACCUUGAUCCAGAACACGGCUUUGUUGGCUACUCUGAAGAGCUCAUGUUCAACAACACACUGCCAGACUACAGCCAGGGGGAGUCCUUCUUCAGUGUUUUUGGAGUGUUCUUCCCAGCUGCCACAGGUGUGAUGGCUGGAUUCAAUAUGAGUGGAGAUCUCCAGAAGCCUGCUGCCAACAUCCCCCUGGGCUCUCUGGCUGCUAUUGGCACCUCGUGGUUUCUGUACAUGGUGUUUGUUUUUUUGCUGGGAGCCAUUUGUACCCGACAGUCACUCCGCUAUGACUUCAUGAUAGCAGAGAAGGUAUCCUUGGUGGGUUUCUUGUUUUUGCUAGGGCUGUACAUCUCGUCCCUGGCCUCCUGCAUGGGGGGGCUGUACGGAGCACCCCGGAUCCUGCAGUGCCUCGCCCAGGAGAACGUCAUCCCCAUGCUCGCUUUCCUUGGACGUGGGAAAGGGCCCAACAAGACUCCAGUGGCUGCAAUUUGCUUAACAAGUCUCAUCACCAUGGCUUUCGUCUUCAUUGGGCAAGUGAACGUUCUGGCUCCCAUCGUCACCAUCACCUUCAUGCUGACAUACAUUGCCGUGGACUAUUCCUAUUUCUCGGUCUGCUUGAGCUCCAACAUCCAGCAGAAACCUGGCGAGACCCAGAUGGAAAAUGCCAGACCAGCUCACUCUUCCCAGCCUUUAAUUCUCGACAAGCCCUCCAGCUGUGCAUCAGAUGGGGUAAUUCAAAGCAGAUCAAACGGCACCUUGCUGGAAUUCACAAAAGACAUGGACCAGCUUUUUAAACCCUUUCGUAGCGAGCCAAGUGCUGACCAGAAAGGAGGAGCUGAGGGUUUAACCCCAAAAGCCAAACAAAAGAAGGCAAAGAAGCCAGCCAAGCAGAUGUUGGAAGACAGCUUUCUCCUGGAUCUCCAUCACAGCGCUCAGUAUUGCGGGGAUGAGACGGCGGAGCCCCUCGGUGACAGGCGGCAGGACCUGGCUGGGCAGGGCCGCUGCCCAUUGCCCAUGGCAGAUGCUCAGCUGACACCUGGGCUGCUGGAGCCCGAGGAGCAGCUGUGCAGUGAGGUGCCAGCACACUGUGGCCAGCAGGGGAAAGAAUCAUCUAUAAAGCAACAAAAUCCAGAGCUUGGAAUUCAGCAAAUACCAGAAUCUUUCUACUCCAGAUUCUGCAAUCACUGGGUUUCCUUUGCUGGUGCCAUCGUGUCCCUCAUCAUAAUGUUUGUCAUUCAGUGGAUCUACACCCUUGUCAGCCUGGGUGCAGCAGUUAUUCUGUAUUUCUACAUUGGCCAAGUGAGCCCAGGACUCCCCCUUGGAGCAGCAGCGAAUUUCAGUUUCUUUGGCUGGAUUAAGUCAGUUUUGAUCACCUUAUGCAGGAGGAGGCCAUCUCCCAGGGAGCAGAUCGUGGUGACACCGUCCUUUGCAACAGUUGGCAUGGAGACCACGCAGCUCACGGAGGAGAACGCAGACUUUGCCUCGCGGGACCGCUAUCACCGGUCCUCGCUUAUCACCACGGAGGAGCUUGGGAAUCAGUUCCAGUAAAGGACACACACACACAAAAAAACCCCAACCAAUCAAGCCAUCACUUUAAAGAGCCAUUUAGACAUGCAAAUGGCUGCCACGGUGCCUUGUGAAAUACUUGAAUCGAUACGAAGAGGAUGUGAAGUAGUUAUUGAACCAUUGGAGGCUUGUUGCUCUAGUGCAAACUGCAAAGUCGCUGGGUUUCAAAUCUUAUCCAAAACGAGGGGUGAAAAUUGCAAAAGCAAAGGGCCAGUCCAGGGAAGUGAUGAGUUAUUAAGGACAAUAUCAUCCUUUAAAAUAAAUCCAUUCUAAGCACUACUGAGCUCUAAAGACCAUCGCUGCUAUAAGGGCUUGCAACACACUGUUGCACGUGUCCUCUGGGUGCCUGGGGAUACUCUGUGCCUGGGAGCAGUGACCUGGGCUGCAGGAGCCAGUGCUCUGCCCUCACCUGUGCCACGGGUGGACGUUACCUCCCACAUCAAUUCACUUCUCUUGGCAGGAACUGACCUGCUUGCCACACAGUAAUUUCCUACCUCAGCAUUUCAGUUGCCAUGGUCUUAGGAAGUACUUUAAGGCGUUAGACAGACAGUAGGCCAGAAUCGGUGGCAAGUGCAAGAGGAUUAUGCAAUAUGUUUGUGACUGGAAACGCACCUUUAGAUGCAAUCAUGCAGCAAAAUGACCUCUACUGUAACACUGUGAAAUGAUGUCUUAGAAGCUCUUUGUAGUGAUUUCUCAUGUCCUUUCUGAUGUGACACCUGGGACCUGACAACAUAGAUGGGUCCAGCUCCCGGCUGAAGGGACAGAGGGUUCAGAAGUGCCUUAACAAAAUACAUUGAGCCUCAUCUUUGCUUGGAUGGCUUAAAGCCCAUUCCACCGUGAGCUCCCCCAAGGAGCCAUUUCCCCCACUGUGGUGAUGUGGAAUACGGGAGGUUGAGCUGAGGGUGCUGCGGGAUUUCCCACAUAGACCUUGGGGCUGGGGAGCAGUGACUGUGGGGUGAGGUCUUGCAUGGAUAUCCUCAUCCCUGUCACUUCAGCUCCCCAGGGAAAAUGCCUUCUGCUGAGCACUGUCCUGCCUGCAGGCAGCAGUCCUGGAAGAGAUCCACAGAGGUACGAGGGAGAGCUUUGGAUUGAGGCAAGUCCCAGCACUACAAAUCAGUUCUGAUGCUACAAGGAGGGGGGAAAUCACUGCCUUUCUCUUCCUUUCAUCUGAUUGUUUCAGCCUUUAGAUUAUUUAUUUCUCCUUCUGUGCAAUAAAAGUUU